CCGUCACAUACAGUUGGCAGUCGUGCGAACGGUUAGGCGGAUGCGCGUGUCCCUCCCUCCCGUUGGAACGCCGCGCGCUGGUCGCAUCUGCUGUAAUCUAAACUCUCCCGUUUUCGUGUAGCGCGGCACUCGUUAUCGCGUCGCUUUACAUGGACUUAGUAGCGAGGCCCACUUGACGAAAGCACGCGUUCGAAACGAAUCGAAAAAACAUUGCCCACGCGUUUAUCGCUCUCGCGCUAACAGGGACGUUUAUCGCGACGACAACCGCGUUUGCCACCACGUAACAAUAUACGCUGCAAAGGCUCGGUCAAGCCGCGGUUACGAAAAUAAAUACAUCGUGCUACCACGUGCCGCGCGUGUGUGCGCCCAUCCACGCACGACAGUCGUAUGAGCAGACCGCGAGCGCGUCCGCUGUUCGAGUGAAAGUCUUACGUUUUUUUUCCUUCUCCGCCGCGGCCGUGUGAUCGUCCUCGUGACGCGCUAGUGACAUUCGCUCGCGUCUCUGUCAGAGUCGCAGCGCGCGUUCGCCGCCGGCCUGAGUGCAGAUAUUAUUAUUAUCAGUAUCGUCGCCGUCGUAUACACUGCCAUGAUAAGGGUGCGAAAAAAGUACGGCCGGGCCGCCGAGUGUGGCUGAUCGAUGUGCGGCUGUGGUAAUAGCGACAAAUACGACAACAACAACAACGACAACAUCGACAACAUCGACAUCAACGACUCUGACGAUCGGUCAGUGACUCGAGGCGACAAACCACGGACGGUGACCGUUCACCAGACGACAUAUCCGGCGGUCGACGGUCGCAGCAGCAACAACAACAGGCGACGAUAGCGGCGGUGGUGAUCGGGAUCAUCGUCGCGCCGGCGUCGCCGUGUUGUUGCUGUCGCCGUCGUCGGUGGUGGUGACGGUGGUGCUGGUGGUGGCCCGUCGGCGCGAUCGGCAGCCCCGCGCGUACGACCACGGCCGGCUGCAAACUGACCGUCUGCGGCUGCUGUUACCUACCGGCGAUCUGUUGUCUGGCCGCCGUGAUCACGUCGCUGUCGCUCAUGCGCUCCAGGGCGGCCGCGUACACCGACGUAAACGCGACGGCCGACCUCGUCCAGCACACCGCUGUCGCCGCCGGCCGUGAUGUCGUCGUCGUCCGCGGCCAAGUGGUCGAAGCCGCCGCCGCCGCCGCUGCAGCCGCCGCCACCGCCGCCACCGCCGCGACCGUCGUGAUGGCGACCGCCGACAACGCGACGACCACCACUGCCGCCACCGACACGUUUUUCCGCCGACCCCUUUCGCCGCCGCCGCCGCGCCAUCAGCCGCAGCCCAACCAAACCGACCCCGCCGACAACGACCGAGUCCAUAAUCAUCAUCAUCACCAUCAUCAUCAACAUCAUCAACAACAACCUCAGUCCCUUGGAACGGUGAUGGUACUGAUGGUGGUGACGGUGGUCGUGCUGGGUACUGUCGGGCUGCUCACUUGCGUGCUGCAUCACUACAAUCAACAAUACAACCCGCCCGUGCCCUGUCUGUCGGCAGCGCCCGGGCCGCCGCACCGCAGGCUUACCGCGCCGCCGCCACCGCUGACCAAGAAGAAAAAAUCGACGACGACGACGACGACGACGACUACGGCGGCGGCGGCGGCUGUGACGGCGACGACGACGGCGGCUAUCAUCGCAUCGCCUGCACCACCGCUCUCGGCCACGGACGGUGCCCGUCGUAGCGGCGGCAGCUGUUGUAAUAGUAGCAGCACGUCCUCGCGAACCGCCAUGUUGACGAUGCGGAGCAAUAACGGUCUGUCCCGAGAACACGACCGGCAGGUCCGGUUGCACUCGGUCCGGACGGACCUGGAGUUGGACAUGCCGCCGCGAAUCCAUUUGCCGGACGGCGAGGAGUACCCGUACGGCAGCAUGGCCAAGUUGCAUUUGCGGAAUUCCGAACAAGAACGAGAGAUCUACCAAAAGUGCAUCAGGGGACCUCCAAACCGGACGAUAUGGACGUCGACUGCGGAGUGUCGGAAACUGUCGCAGCCUCACAGGUCCAGUUCCGCGGCAGGUCUCACGUCCCUCUCCACGUCCUUGUCCGAAGUGGACUCGGUCACGAGAUGUAAUAGCGUCUCCUCGAGGUAUGUGUGUUUGCCGAGAACGGAGUUCCCGCAGGUGGACAACAUUCAAAGUCUGUCGAGUCUGACCAUGGUACCCUGUCUGAGCCACGUAGACAAACAGACGCUAAGCCAAUAGUGAAAUAAUAAUGUUAUUAUAAAGUUGUCUCUAACCGUCUAUACUAUUACGAUAAACAUUAUACCUGUGUAAUAAUAUAUAUAUAUGAGGUGCUACACAUUUGCAGAGACCGCUGAAAAUACGAUAUAUUACGUUAUAUAUAUAUACGAACGCUCGUACGUGUAUAAUGUUUUAUACGAUACACACACACACACACACACACACUCACACGUCUUAUGUAUACAUAUAAUUUAUUAAUUGUAUUGUUGUAACAUUAUUAUAAUGAUAAUUAUUGUGGCGUAAGGAAGAUAAACAACUCGCGCACAUACGCAAGCACGCAUACAUCUAUAUUCAAACAGUCUUCUAAUAUACCCGCGUAUUAUUUGAUAUUGUAUAAAAUCUAAAAAAUCCCCGCGUGUAUCCAUCGUAUAUGUGAUACCUAUAUAUAAAAAAAAAAAAAAAAAUACAUCUCAUGUGUGUAUGGUAAAAAAGUGUGCAAUUAUAUGAUUGCAUUUUUUUUUACACAUACACAUAUAAUAUGAUAUAUAGUAUGUAUAGUGAUUUAGUUAAUUUGAACGUUUUUUUUUUCUUAUUUUUAUUGUAUAAUUACUGUGCGUACGCGGGGUACAAAUUAAUAUUAUUAUUGUAUUUAUCCGUUACUUUCAUAACACCUACCUGUGACAUCAUCUCAUACGCGUGAGGUUCCGUUGAAAACACACGGCGGCCAAAUCUAUCACAUAUUUUGUAUACACGAUAAUAAGACCGUGGCGUAAAACAAUAAUAUUAUGUCUUGUAAACAUAUACCCAUAAUUAUUAUGAAGAUAUUAUAAUAUAUUAUUAUUGUCAUUAUUUCCGAAUAUCUUAUACGGUCCGCCGCCGCGUGCUUUCGACGACAAUCUUAUUAGUUCAAGUGACGAGUCGUAUUACCUACAUAUUUUAUUACAUACCUAUAUAUAUAUUAUAAUCUAUGAUAUCUGCAGUAUAUUAUUAUAUAAUAGGGAUAUUGUAUUAAAAAAAAAAAAAAA